AUGAAGAAAUCGUCUCAAUUUAUAUCUGGGAGUCGUGAUAAAUAGAUGAUAAUAUGGUCUAUGAACUCAAAUAAUUAAUGGAUCUGUUCAUACAAAUUGAAUGAACAUCAAGAUUAUAUUAGAUGUUUAAUAUUGAAUAAUAAUGAAGAUCUUAUUAUAUCAGGAAGUAGUGAUAAAACUAUUAAAUUUUGGAUAAAGAAUAAUUAAUGGACGUGUUCACAAACUAUUACAGAUCAUACAAAUUAUGUAUAUGGAUUAAGUUGGAAUGAGAAAUAGAAUAAUGUGAUAUCUUGUGGAGUAGAUAAAUUAAUCUUAAUAAUAGAGGAGUCAUCGUAAAAAAAAUGGAAUGUAAUAUAAAAGAUAACAGUUGAGCAGUAUGGUUUUAGAAUAUGCUUCAUCAAUGAUUAUGUAUUCACAUUUCAACCUUAUAAUUAAGAGUAUAUACAUGUUUAUGAGAUAAAUAGUAGUAAUUAAUAGUAUUCAAAGACAAAACAAAUUGAUGUGAAAAGUGAUUCCGAUGCUUGUGAUUGUUUGUUUCCUUAAUAAUAUCUUAAAUCUAAAUGCUUACUUGUGAAUAAGAAUGGAAGGAAUGUUAAUUUGAUAAGGAAAAAUUAAAAUGGUCAUUUUAUCACAUAAUAAUCUAUUCAAUUGGGGCAUCGUAUUAUGUAUGGUUAGAUGAGUGAAAAUGGAGACUAUUUGGUUACUUGGGAUAAUUAAUCUAGGGAAAUUUAAAUUAGGAAAUAUCAUUGA